AAUCUUUCUCCCCAACACACCCAUGGCCGGCUCUCAUUUUUUGCUUGGUGGGGCAAUGUUCACAGCUCUCUUGCUCUUAGGCUUAGCCAGCAGUCAGACGGGAUGGUAUGAUGCCCAUGCAACGUUUUACGGUGACAUGCAGGGCAACGAGACGAUGCAAGGUGCUUGUGGAUAUGGUGAUCUCUUCAAACAAGGAUACGGACUGGAGACCACGGCCCUGAGCACAGCGCUCUUCGACAAUGGCCUUAGCUGCGGAGCAUGCUUUGAGAUCAAGUGUGUGAACGACCCACAAUGGUGUAUACCCGACGCUGGCACCAUUACAGUAACUGCAACCAACUUCUGCCCUCCUAAUUACAGCAAGCCGACGGGAAACUGGUGCAACCCUCCUCUGCAACACUUCGACUUGUCCAUGCCCAUGUUCGUAAGGAUUGCCAAAUACAAGGCCGGGAUCAUUCCUGUGCAGUACCGUCGAGUUAGGUGCCAUAAGAGAGGAGGGAUCAAGUUUGAGAUCAAGGGGAAUCGGUAUUGGGUACUUGUGUUGGUGUUCAAUGUUGGGGGCGUUGGGGAUGUUUCCAAUGUCAAGAUUAAGGGCUCCAACACCCAGUGGCUUCAAAUGUCGCGCAACUGGGGACAGAAUUGGGAGGUCGGGGUGGUGCUGGUGGGGCAAAGCUUGUCGUUCCAAGUGACCACAAGGGAUCAGAAGAUGGUUCAGUCCGAUAAUGUUGCACCAGCUGAUUGGAAAUUUGGUCAGACAUUUGAAGGGAAAUCAAACUUUUAGCAGUCUUCUUACGUCUUUGGGUCAUCCCUUUCUUCGCUGCACCAUAGGCCAUAGGUUGAAUAAAGGUCUAUCAUCUAUGUCUGUGGAUAGGUUGACGAUCAGAUUGCUUUGAAGAUGGCUUUCUCAGCAGCUGCCACCACUUCUUUUUGCCUAGUUGCCUCUUGUUUUUUUUUUUUUUAAAUAAAAUAUUUUCAUUUUUUUUUUUGUUUUUGACUUUUCAAAAUAAAAAUAGUAAAAAAUAAGAACUCCUCUAUUCUAUUUUCUUAA